ACAGCGGGGGCAACCCACACCAAAUAAAAAUUAUUUAAAAAACUAAUCGAAACAAACAACAAAACCCACACGAAAGCACGCCUCCCUCAGUAAGAAAAUCCUCAGUACAGGCCGAGGAGCCGCGCUGGAGGGCUGGGGCAGAAAGGCGGAGCGAGGGCAGGCCGAGGGGUCCUCACGGCCGCACCACGUGACCGCACACGUGCGUGCCCACGUGACUCGGCGCGGACAUGGCGGCGGCGGCAGCGCUCCGGAGCCGCCGGUUCAAGUGGUCGCUGGACCUGGGGGCGGCGCCGGGGGGACGGCCCCGCGGAGCCGCCGAGGGCCGCGGCCCGCUCGGGUUCGCCGACCGGCAGCUGGGGGAGGGCGGCGUCCACGAGAGCGACAAGAUCCUCAUGGAGAAGCGCUGCUGGGACGUGGCUCUGGCGCCGCUGAAGCAGAUCCCCAUGAACCUGUUCAUCAUGUACAUGGCUGGCAACACCAUCUCCAUCUUCCCGGCCAUGAUGGUCUGCAUGAUGGGCUGGCGCCCGCUGCAGGCCCUCAUGUCCCUGUCUGCCACACUGAAGGCCCUGGAGAGCUCAAGCCGGCGGGCACUGCAGGGUCUCGUGUUCCUGGUGGGCAACGGGCUGGGGCUGGCACUGGCCCUCUACAAGUGCCAGGCCAUGGGGCUGCUGCCCACCCGCCCUUCUGACUGGCUGGCCUUUGUCACCCCCCCUCAGCGGAUGGAGUUCACUGGGGGGGGCCUGAUCUUGUGACCCCCUGCGCCCACCCAUCAAUAAAGGCAAUGGCAGGAUGGUGA